AUGGUACAGGAGACUGGAAGCCUAGUAAAUGAGGGACAUCAGUCUAAAGACCUAGGACCCUUAGUAAAGCACGCUGGAACCGUAGCGGUGUGGAGGAAAAUUAUGCCACAGGUGUGGGUAUCGGGAGACAACGACUACUUUAAAAUAGAGGUGGAUAUAGAUAUAGUAGGAGCAGCAAAGGAGGUCGAAGUAACUCCCCAGCCACACCUGACGUUAUUGGGAAAGGAGGAAGGCCAGCAGAGAGAUAACAAGCUGGAUAGGUUACCAUCUAUUCUGUGGUCACAACAUGACACGGAUGUAGGGAAAAUAAGAAUAGCCAGUCCAGUAGAAAUAAAGCUGAAAAAGGGAGCAGUUCCACCCAGGAGACCACAAUAUCCUUUGAAACUAGAGGCAGAAGAGGGAAUAGCGCCAACGAUACAAGGGCUACUGGAGGCAGAAGUACUCAAAAGGACAGACAGCCCAUGUAAUACCCCACUGUUACCUGUCCUUAAAGGGGAUAAGUCUAAAUGGAGACUGGUGCAUGACCUGCGAGCGGUGAAUGAGGUAGUGGAGGACUGGCCAGCGGUAGUUCCCAACCCACACACGCUCUUGACUAAUGUUCCACCAGAGGCAGACUAUUUUUCAGUGAUUGAUUUGUGUUCGGCUUUUUUCAGUGUUCACCUGGCAGAUCAGUGUCAGUACCUAUUUGCAUUUACAUACAGAGACAACCAGUAUACCUACACUAGAAUGCCUCAAGGAUUUAAAUAUUCACCACACGUAUUUAAUCAAGAGUUAAAGGCGGACCUAGAGGGCAUAUCGUUGGAAAGUACAUUGAUACAGUAUGUGUAUGAUUUGUUGAUUUGCUCCGAAAGUGAGGGACAGUGUGAACAGGAUACCAUAACCCUUUUAGAGAGACUGGCGCAUGGAGGGCAUAAGGUGUCUAGAAAGAAGCUGCAAUUUUGCAAGCAACAGGUAGAAUACCUAGGUAGAGUGAUAUCCAAGGGAGCGAAGGCGAUAGCGCCGGAUCAAAUUGAAGCUAUAACUAAAGCUCCCAAGCCCCAGACAGAAGCAGGACAUACAAGCUUGAGGAGUAAUCUACAGUGGAAUGAGGAGGCGGAAGUAGCCUUCAAUACUAUAAAGCAGGAAUUGCAGUCAGCCCCAGCAUUAGCUUUGCCUGACUACGAGAAGGCCUUUCAUCUGUACGUAUCCAACCGACAGGAAGGCUAUGCCGCUGCAGUUCUAACGCAGGAGACUGGCACAGGUAAAGCAAAGCAACCAAUAGCAUACUACAGUGCGAAACUGGAUGAGGUGGCUCAGAGGUACCCACCUUGUUACCAGGGAUUGGCGGCACUAUACUAUGCAUAUGAAAAGGCAUCAUCCGUAACCAUGGGCUAUCCUGUGAUUCUGUACACACACCACAAGGUAGCAGAAUUACUGGAAAGAGGGAAAUUCGUGUUGACACCAGCCAGGAUAGCAGCAUAUCAGAUGCUACUGACAUUUCCAGAUAUAACUAUACAGAGGUGCACCACCAGUAACAUAAGUGAUUAUGUCCCUUUAGGGUAUGAAGGAGAACCCCAUGUUUGUGUAAGGAAAACAAUGACAUUCACUAAAUUGAGAGCAGAUUUACGAUCAGCACCAUUAGAGGACGAAGAUAAAAAGGUCCUGUUUGUAGAUGGCUCUUGUUACAGAGAUCACGAUGGUAAUCACGCAGGGUUCUCAGUACUGCAACAGGAUCAGGCAGACUUCAAGGUCAUCAGAAUAGAGGCAUGUCCCCAACCGUGCUCCGUCCAGCUAGCGGAAAUCAGAGCUUUGACGGCAGCGUGUGAAAUGAUGGAAGGAGAGAAAGUUGAUAUCUAUACAGAUUCAGCAUAUGCUCAUGGAGUGUGUCAUUUGUUUGGGGCAGUGUGGAAACAGAGAGGUUUUAAAAAGAGCAAUGGAGAUCCCAUACAGCACUGUCAGCAGAUUUUAGAUCUAAUAAAAGCGCUGAUGAAACCUAAAGCACUGGCUAUAGUAAAAUGCCAGGCACAUAAAAAAGGAAACGAUGCAGUAACAAAGGGAAAUCAAGCUGCAGAUGAAGCAGCCAGGAAAGCGUCUGGGUGUACAUCCGCUGUUAUUGCACCCCAGGAAAAACAGAAAGAACCAGAGAUCGAUCAAGGGGAAGGACCAAUCCAGCCAGGCGAUCAGGUCUACGUGCCAGUGUUUCGAAGAAAGUGGAACAAACCCAGAAGGGAAGGGCCCUUUACAGUAACCAAAGCAUCACCCACCGCAGUUCAAGUGGAAGGACGCUCCACCUGGUAUCAUCUCAAUCACUGCACUAGAGCAAUCCCCCAGGUAGUCAGGUGGGCCACCCGAGUCGCUUGUAGUGCGUGCUGCAAUGAAACGGUUUCCGACACUCCUGGAAAUUGUUGGGUCGAGCCCUAUGGAGAAGGAGGACCGAUGAUGUAUUCGUACAGUUUACGAGACACGCAAGACGAACAGGAGAGAGAUGAAAUAUGUGGGGAUUAGGCUGUGAAGGCUCCUGAGUCUUUUUCCCUGUCUCAGAUACGAAGGGACGGGUUUUUGGCUCAGCGGCCUAGGGAGGUAGGGAGAGAACACUUUGAGUCUUAAGCGCAGGAAACUAUAGUUUAACCCAAAUUUGGGAGUAAAUGCGUGGCUUUAUUUGAGCUUUUGUGCAUAGACUGUCAGUCCUCUCUCUCUCUCUCUCUGUAUGAGACCCUGUGGGUCUCAAAGGGAGAUUAUAUUGGAAAAUGUAAACGCAUACAUUAUAUUUUCUAUGUAUUACAGUAUUUACUCAACAGUAUUUCAGUAUUUACUCAAAUGCACACAUUGUAUUUUCUAUAUUUACUAUGUAACCACUGCUAGCUGAAUAGAGGGUAUUCACUAUGUAGCCAUGACUUUUGACCUAAUCACUAUUAAUUCAUGAAGAGAACUAGAAUGAAACCAAGUAGAAAGGUAACGGUGGCGAGUAAGGUGAUGAAAUAUGGGGCGGUAUGUCAACGCAUGACUAAUUAAGAAAUAACUGUGGUUAGGGAUGAGAGGACACCUGGUCUAAAAUGUAAACUAGGACAUAAUUAAGUUGGGGAGUAAAACAAUAGUGGAAAGUCGAGAGCGGAUAUAUUGAUGAUACGUAAUCACAGGCCGACUGGAUAUGAUAAUGUAGCUAAGAUAGGAAAUUGCUAUAAAAAAUGCUGUAUACAAGCCUCGAUGGGCAGUCAGCUACUAGCUUUCUGAUUGCCUCAGCUUUGAUUUGCAAAUUAAAGUUUAAAACAUCU